ACGUCCUAAUGACAAUGAGAGACAAAGUGAAAAUAAAAGAGUAAAGGGAAAGUUAUUUGUUUUAUUCGUAAAUAUAGUGUGACAAGAGAGACACUUCACAACUGCUUUAGUGAGACUUGACAGAUAUUUAUUUUUGCUGAACUGAAAAUAACCUUUGCCAAAACAAGUGGAGAAAGAGAAAUGAAGGACUUUGUACAGACAGUAGAGCUAGGGGUCUCUCGGCGGAAAGGAACUGAUGUUACCCGACCCAAAGUUUGGCUGAGGAAUGAAUUUGUUCGUGUGGGACUUGCUGAAUUCCUUUCCACAUACGUCAUGAUGGCCUUUGGCCUCGGGUCUGUGGCCCAGGUGGUGACUGGAAAAGGAGAGUUUGGUCAUUACAUAAGCACCAACGCUGGUUUUGCGCUUGGUGUUGCUAUGGGGGUACAUGUCGGAGGAAAAGUCUCAGGGGCUCAUAUGAAUGGAGCAGUGUCUUUCACAAUGUGUGUGUUUGGUCGCCUAGCAUGGAAGAUACUUCCAGUAUAUAUUUUUGCACAGCUGUUAGGCACAUUUCUUGCAUCAGGGACCAUUUAUGCUAUCUACUAUGAAGCAAUUCAUGAUUACUGUGGGGGAAACCUGACUGUAACUGGAGCAAAGGCCACAGCCGGCAUUUUUGCCACCUAUCCUGCACCCUACCUCUCCUUGAUGGCUGGAUUUGCUGAUCAGGUGUUUGGCACAGCGAUGCUGCUGCUGUGCCUGAUGGCUCUGUUCGACCAGAGAAACCAACCGGCUGCUGCGGGCAGUGAGCCUAUCACAGUGGGUCUCGUGGUGCUACUCAUUGGCAUUUCUCUGGGUAGCAACAGCGGCUGUGCCAUCAACCCCACUAGAGACAUUGGAGCCAGGGUCUUCACUGCUAUUGCAGGCUGGGGAGUCGAUGUGUUCAGGGCUGGAAAUGGGUGGUGGUGGGUACCUGUUGUUGCUCCCACUAUUGGAGGAGUGCUGGGAGCAGGAGUAUACAAAGCCCUUGUAGAACUGCACCACCCACCCCUCUCUGGUCAGCGUGAGGAGCAAGUGGAGGAAGAGUCUUUCCCUCUGGAGAAAGAACAAACCAUCUGUUCUAAUGAAUGUGUAUGACCUUCCCAAAUCUGUACAAACAAAUAAGUGCACAUGCAUCUGUGCAAAUGUGUGCACGCUCUCGAAACAUUCCAUGAUGAUAAAGCUUUAAAAGGACCAAAGCCAGCUGCUUACAUUGGAGACAGAAGCACUUUUACAACUAGCAUUUUCCUACAAAUCCAUGUUACUUAUAAUCUGUAUCAAAAGAAAAAGAUUAGAAAUAACAAGAAAUAUUUUUAUAAAAGAACACUGAAGAAAGUCA